ACCGCUCUUGUUCAAUUCGCACGCUAAUUACAGCACUAUAUAUAUUCGUAAAUGGGCCAAGCAGCGUCGCAUGCACUCGUAGCCGCUGCCGACUUGCAGCCGCCGCUGGCCAUGGGUGUCAGCAGCCUGGAGGCCGAGCUGGGCGAGAACCUGCAGCACGUCCGAAUGCUGGGCAGCACGCGCUUCAUGAAGACCAUCCAGUGCCACCACCCGCGUGAGGGCCGGCUGGCACUGCACUCUUUCGACCUGGCGCCCUACAUCGCGUCGCUGCGCAGCACGUACGAGAAGCUCGCCGGAACCGACCACAUCCUGGCCAACGCGACAGUGGUCAGCGACGAGCGCGCCGUGUAUAUCCUGCGCCAGUACCUGCACAACAACCUGUAUGACCGCGUCAGCACGCGCCCGUUCCUGUCGAUCCUGGUCGCCCUGCGCGAGGCCCACGCCCGCGGGGUCGUGCACGGCGACGUGAAGAGCGAGAAUGUCGUGGUGACCAGCUGGAACCUGGCCUAUCUGGCCGACUUUGCGCCCUUCAAGCCCACGUAUUUGCCGGCGGACGAUCCCGGCAGACUGAUGGACGCGCUCGGCGUGUUGGCCUUGCAGCCGGCGAUGGAUGUGUUUUCUGCCGGCUGCUACCGCAAGGGCGAGGUCCAGGCUGAGGAGCUUGUCGCUGGCAUUUCGGAUGGCGAGAUCGCCGAGCUUGUUUUGCACAUGAUCCAAAUCGACCCUGAGGCUCGUCUCAGUGCUGCUGAGUACCUGGACCGCUGGGCCGGCGUGAAAUCCGAUGAGAUUACCGACGAGACAUGCGAGAUCACAGCCAGCGUCGCCUGUGCCAAUAUCCGCAACUGCCAGAAGCCGAGUGCGCGGUGUCUGGGCAUAAAGAUCUUGCAAAAGUGCAGCCGCGGGCCGAUGAAGGGCGAUGCUGACCACAUCUUGCCGUACCUGGUGACUCUGGCGCAGGACGCGUCGCCGCAGGUGCGCAUGGAGGCCGUCUAUGCCAUACACACGCUGGUGGGCGACCUCGACAAGCUGACGCCGAUAAACGCCAACCUGUUUGAUGACUACCUGGCGCCGCAGCUCAGCGUCAACGUGCGCUGCAUGCUGGCUUCGGUGCUCGGCGAGCUGGCAGACACGGCAUUUUGUCUGCUGGGAGCACCGCCGCGCACAGACUUUAUAGGCAGCCAGCUGCGUGCGAUUGCCGAGGUCAAGCAUGUGCUGCUGUGUGCGUUUCCGCAGCUGUAUGAGCGCGGGAUCCAGAGCCUGUCGCAUAUCAUCACGUAUCUGAAUGACCGCGACUGCUGGUUCCUGCGCGCAGCCUUUUUCGAUGUGGUGUUUGCUGCCGCCGCCCAGAUCAGCCGCCAUGCCGCGCGCGAGUACAUCGUGCCGCUGGUCAACCUGGCCGACGCCGAGGUGUUUGUCGUGCUCAGCGCGCUGCGGGCGCUGGUCAGGCUCAUGCCGCAGCUGUCGCCGGCCAUGCUGUGGGACAAGCUGGUUGAGGUCGGCUCCUUCUGCAUGGACGUGCCGGCGCUGCGGCCUGGGGCCAGGGAGCUGAUAGCAAAGACCAGCAAUGCCACCGGCGGCAAGCGCAAGCCCAGCAGCAACCCGCGCCGCGACCGGCCCGCCAAUGCUGCCGGCCGGCUCAUCAGCGUGCGCGACAUUGGGGCCGAGGUGCGGAUCAUGUUUCUGAAGCCCGUCGGCGACCCGUGGAAGCCGCAGAUCCAAGAGGAGACGCCGUCGCUGAGCAUGUUUCUGCACAAGAAGUCGCUGGAGCUCGACCUGCCGCCGCCGCCGCGCAGGCAGCGCCUUGAGGGCUGGCGGCCCCAGGGCAUAUUGGUGGCCGAGAUCCCCGAGCACAACGACGCAGUGACAUGUCUGGUGGCCGCCUCCAGCACCUAUUUUGUCUCGGGCAGCAGCGACGGCUCCGUGCUGUGCCGGUCGAAGGCGUCGGUGGUGCAGGGCGGCCGUAUCACCGCGCUGGCGAUUCCAGCCGGCCAUGGGAUGGCGCUUGAUAAUGGCGAGUAUGCGGUGGCCAUGGGGUUCGCAAAGACCCUGGAUGGCGUCUCGUUGGUUGCGGCGACGUCGCUGUCGCGCGUGCUGUUUCUGGAUGCUGCUACAUUGGCGCUGCAGAAUGCUGUGCAGCUCAAGCCAGCCUACGGGCGGCUGACUGCGCUGGCAGUCGGUAGCUCGUUUGCUAUUGUUGGCUCCUCGGCCGGCUUGCUGUCAUUGGUCGACACGCGCUUCCGCAUCGAGGUCAAGACGUACCGCCACUUCAUGGGCCACCCGGUUACAUGCCUGUCUAUGUUCAAGCCAGAGACGCUGCUGGUUGGCACUGCUGCCGGCGAUGUAUGUGCGCUUGACUUGCGGAAACAGCACAUGGCCAGACUGGAUCGCUCAUUUGCUGUCAGUGAGACCAGCGGGACUCCACCGCCGUAUGCGUCGUAUCGCGGAAACGGCUCUGUGUAUUAUUGCGAGAAUGCUGCGCCAAAGCACAAGACGAUGGACGAAGGAACUGGCCCAGUCACAGCUGUUGCACUGGUGUCGUCGCCUUCUGCCAUGGUUGUCACCGGGCUUCAAAGUGGAUACAUCCGUGUACUAUUAUAACUUUCUAAUUUCUUAAUCUUAGCAUAGAUACAUCAACGUGAAGG